AAUUGAUGUUUACUAAUUAAAGAGGCCUGAGGAGAGUUACAUAGCCUUUCCACCAUGGAAAGACACUUAAGAAAGAAAUAUUUAUGAACAGAAAAUGGGCCCUCACUAGACAUCCAACCUGCUGCUGCCCAUCUGGGACUUCCUAGCUUCCAGAACUGUGAGAAGUAAAUUUCUGUGUUUAUAACCUUCCUAGUCUGAAGAUUAUAAAUAACCUGUAUUGUUAUAGCAGCCCCUUCUAAGAGGGAAUUUGUUGAUCCAUUGAACAGGCUUAAAUGGGUUCAAAUAACUGCAUUUUACCAUGGUUACAAAACAAUCCAGUCUUUCCUCAUGUGUGGGAAAUUUUUGUAUUCUCAAAAGAUCAUGUUCUAAUUGUAGGGAAAUUGGGAAGCAUGUUUCCAGAUGAAUGGGGGAUAGUGUCUGUUUGAUGAACUGACACUGGCCAAGCACCUGUUUAAAACGAACUGUGCCCGAAGCAAAGAAUGGUGCCCUACAGGUGAUAUACAUCCUUGGGACAUCUUUGCAUAGCCCUCUCCAGAAAGAAGCUCUGUGAUGUGUGGAUCGUGACCUUGCUCAAGCAAGUCACACUCUUUAUAAGGCACAGCUAGACAAUAGGACUGGUAUGGAAGAGCCGGCACCAUUGGAAGGCCAGGAGCAACCCCCAAGCCCCCACCAGGGCUCUCUGAGGAGGGCUGUGGCUGCUGCCCUGGCCCUGGAUGGGGAAUCUACAAUGGGUCGCAGGAAAAAAAAGAAGAAAGAAUCCCGCCCAGAAUCUAUCAUCAUCUACCGGUCAGAUAAUGAGAAAAUGGAUGAGGAGCCUGAGGAAUCAGAAGGUGGAGAUCAACCUAAAGAGGAGGAGGGAGAUGAUUUCCUAGACUAUCCCAUGGAUGAUAGUAUGUGGAACAUGCCUUUGGACAGUCGUUAUGUCACCUUAACAGGGACCAUCACCAGAGGGAAGAAGAAGGGUCAAAUGGUGGACAUUCAUGUCACAUUGACAGAGAAGGAGCUGCAGGAAUUGACCAAGCCCAAAGAGUCAUCAAUGGAAACAACACCUGAAGGAAGAAAGGCAUGCCGGAUGGGAGCAGACCGGGGACCCCACGUGGUCCUCUGGACACUGGUCUGCCUGCCCGUGGUCUUUGUCCUCUCUUUUGUUGUCUCUUUCUACUAUGGCACUAUCACCUGGUACAACAUCUUCCUUGUUUACAAUGAGGAGAGGACCUUCUGGCACAAGAUCUCCUGCUGCCCCUGCCUCAUUCUCUUCUAUCCAGUGCUCAUCAUGGCCAUGGCCUCUUCCCUGGGCCUCUAUGCUGCUGUGGUUCAGCUCUCGUGGUCCUGGGGGGCCUGGUGGCAAGCUGCCCGGGACAUGGAGAAAGGUUUCUGUGGCUGGCUGUGCAGUAAGCUGGGUCUGGAGGACUGUUCUCCCUACAGCAUUGUGGAACUGCUUGAAUCUGACAAUAUCUCAGGCAAUCUCUCCAACAAGGAUUCCACCCAGGAAGUAGAAACUUCCACUGUCUAAACUGCCAACAACUUACUUCCUUCUCUGGAUGCAGUAACCUAUAUAUCACCUUAAAAAUACCUGUAGAUUCUUUCUUCAAUUUAUCCCCUAUCCCCUACGAUUCUGAAAAAUCUUAACCCACACUGAUCUUCCCUGCCAUCUUGAUGGUUCCUGGAAGGCAGACAACAGAAAAGCAACUGUGCCAAAGCAGUCUACACAGUGAAUCGACUCUUCUUGAUUCCUUUCCCUAAAAUGACCACUUGGAUAGGGAACUCCACCGUAUAUCAAUCCAGAAGCUUGAAGUUGUUACUGGUGCUGUAACCCCGGAGAAUUUGUGACUCAGUGUUACAGGGAGAAUAAAGAAGCUCAGGGGUGGCCAAGUCCUCCAAGAAAAUACAGAGAUGGAAUGAAACAUUUAAAGAGCUGGGCUACUAUGGCAUAAUAGAAAGCAGUGAUUUGUGUGAAUCACUUAGGUUUAGAUUGGACUGCAAAUAAUUAAAGCCCUAAAAUAUCAUUAUUAGUUUACUUCUUAUAUAGAAGUCAGGAGGCAAACAAUUCCCAGAUCCUGUAAAGCCAUUGAUACCCCAGGUUUCUUCUCUUCCUCUGUCAUUAGUAGGACAUUGUUUUUACUACCGUUAUCCUCAAAGUUCCAGUGUCUUUAGCCAUCACAUCCAUGUUUCUGGCCAAACAGAACAAGGGGCAAAGAAGAGCACACCCUUCCUGAUUAAGGAGACUUCCCACAAGUUUCCCUCUCAACAUUUUUAUAUCUCAUUGGCCAGACCUUUAGUCACAUGACCUCACAAUCAAAAGAAGCUGGGAAAUGUAGUCUUUUGUCUAGGUAGUUAUAUUCUUAGCUAAAUAUUGGUGUUAAUGCUAAUUUGAGAAAAAAAGGGAAGAAUGACUAUUUUGGUAGGCAAGAAGGAAUCUCCACCUUAUAAAAACUAUUUAAGUACAUUCAGAAUCCCAAACUACUAAUACAGUUUUAUUUAUUUAUUUAUUUAUUCUCUCAUUUAUUUAUUUAAUUAGGCUUGAAUUUUACCCAGAGAAUGUAUACAUAGAGAUGAGCUACCUACACUACAUUUGUGCUCUACAUAGGUAUUAACAUCUCUUGUAUUUUGCAACUAAACUUCUGAAAUGUCAUGUGGUUUCAGGGUUCUUUUUUUUAAAGCAAUAGUAGAUAGGAUAAUACAAUUACAUAAUGGUAGCAUAACCCUUCUUCCUGUUGGUGGAGGUGGAACAGGGGUUGGUGAUAUUUAAUCUACUCUAUAAAGACUGAGCAGGGAGGGAUUGUGCCUGCUAAGUAUUUCCCCAGCAGGGAUCAGUCUCCCUAAAUAUGAAGAAGCCAGGUUUAGCUUCUAUGGUUUGGCAAAACCUCGCUCAGCCUUACUCUCUCAGAUCUUUCUAGUUUAACAACAAACAUGAUCUUUUCUAUGCAGAGAAGCUUGUCUUCCUGGCCUGGGAGUGUAGAUUAGAUUAAUCUGGAUGAAAAAAAAAAUUCUGAAUUUAAAGAAAAAUCAUUCCUAAAGGUGUCCUAAUUUUAAAAUAUCAAAGCCUAAGAGGUCAGCAGAUAUUGGAAGUUUGGAUCCUUACAAGAAAAGCUGGUGCUCAUUUUUGUUCCCAUGUGGGAAAGAAGCUGUUGAAAGAACUGCCUUGACCCAAACCAGAGGUGCCAGCCACACUCGCCACAGAAAGUCAGGAACAUUUGCUCAAUGCAUGGUGCUGUACCCCACCUUCAGAAGAACUUUUUUUUUUUUUAACCGUCAUUAGUUUGACUAGAGAAAAAAAAAUAGUGUCCAGCAUUUUUGAAGAUAACCUUGGUGCUUUCUGGUGUAUUUGCAGAGAUAUGAAGAAUUGAAAUGCAGAUAAAAUAAAAAGUGAAAUCUGAUUGACA